CACGCGCAUCGUCACUCGAGAUGUCUGAUUGCCGGGCCAGGCGUGCGAACGGUGAGCAACACAGGGGGCCUCCUGCUUCCGUAGCCAUUUUGGCCACAAAGGUCUCCUGCAGGGAAUUCUCUUCCCCCUGGCGAGCAGCUCCUCAGUGCCGCGGGUCGCCAUGUCGUUCCGCUACGGAGGCAUCGGCGGAGGCGCGGGCGGCGCGGGCGGCCUCGGCGGCGCGUACGGCGCCAGCGGCAUGUACGGCGCCAGCGGCAUGUACGGCGCUAGCGGCAUGUACGGCGCGCGCGGCGCGUACGGUGUUGGUGGCGCGGACUGCGGCACGGCGUGUUGCGCGAGCACCAGCGCCUGCAUGGGCUGCGGCCCCGGCUGCGGCGUGGCCUGUGCCGAGGGCUCGGGUUGCGGCGGCGGCGGCGGCACGAUCCUGAGCUACGUGGGCCCGGGGGGCGACUACGUCCAGGAGACCACCUACAAGUACGUGGGCAUGGGCGCGGGCGAGUUCGGGGCAGUCCGCAUCCCUGGUCGCGGUCCGAACUUCUGCCUGAUCUGCCUCGUGCCCCUGGGACUUUCGCUUCUCCUGCUGCCACUCCUCCUCUUCGCGAUGUCACCAGGCUCGACGACCACCACGACGACGACGACCACCACCACCCCGGUGAUCAUCACGACUACUCCGCCGCCUGACACAACGACCACGAAGAAGACCACCACCACCAAGGCUCCGCCUCCGCCCCCGCCGCCCCCGCCCCCGCCCCCGCCCCCGCCGCCCCCGCCGCCUCCUCCUCCUCCCACGACCACGGAGAAGAAGAUCAACUGCGGCGAAGGCGACGUCGUGUCCUGGGACGUGCCCAAGAAGGUGUACUGCUGCCUGCACGAGGGUAAGGGCUGCCCGACGACCCCGGCUGCUCCCAGCACCAUGCCGGCGCCAGUCGUGCCAGUGGUGACAACGGCGAUGAGCACCACGUCCCCAUGCCCGAUCGAUUGCAACGCUGGCUACAACGACCUCGACCCGCUGCAGUGGGUCCGCGGCUGGUCUGGCGAGAAGAAGCUGUACUGCUGCAAGACCGCGAACAAGGGCUGCCCGUCGGAGCUUCCUCCGCCCUCCGGUGCGCCACCUUCCAACGCCCCCCCCGAGCCGGACAACAGCAAGUACGACUGCAGCGCGGGCUAUCACCACUGCAUGCAUUGCCUCGAGUUGUCGUGGUCCCCAAGGAAGAUCGACUACUGCUGCAAAAACGAGCACAAGGGCUGCAAGGGCGAGGAGCCGGAGUGAAAAGCCCGCCCUGGCGGGGUCCGCCGACGGGGGCGUGAUGCGGGUGUGCCGCCCUCCCCUCGUCUCCUUUUUUCCCUUCCCGAUCCUCAUGACUACUCCACUCCCUGCCUCUCCCUUCCUUUCGCUGCCAGACAGGUGCGUCUCACGCCGGGCGGGAGGCAAAGUUACGCCCGCCGCGGCCCCGCAUGGGGCUUCGGGGCACCUGCACGGCCACACGGCCGGCGAGUGCGUCAUCCCCCGAAGAAAACACAGUGGGCCUCCUGCGCGGUGCUCCAGAGCGUACUGGCGGAUCAGGUGUUGCGUUGCACAUAUAGGCGUUGCAGACAGGCCUGGCCCUUCGAGGGUCGAAGGGGUUCCAUCUCUUCCUUGGCGGAAGGCGGCGG